AUGAAUGCAAAUACGGGCAAAAAGAUUCUGGAUGGGCUUCAAGCCCGCACCUUUGCCUCUGCAAGGCAUAUUGCCAAGAAGCACCUCAAUCCUCCGGCAGCUCUCAGAUUGAAGUUGUGCCUCGCUUGUCUGCUCUAUGGCACAUCUUUCGUUGUGGCGGCUUUGCUGUUCAGCAGGGUGCAGGCCACCCUGGAGUUGCCACGGAUUGAGAUCACGAACCUGCACAGCACCACGAUGUUGGUCUGGCUGAAAGAUUGCGCCAUGCACAUGACGACAACCGAUGGGAGCUCUGUAACCCUUUCUGAGACAACCAUGUAUCAAGACGGAAGGCCUAUGCUGCACACAGAAUUCAAUGAAACGCUUGGCGUACUCUCUGUCACUUGUUCGGGUCCUGCUUCCUUAAGCGGGGAAACAGUCACCGUUGUGGUUGAGGUAGGCCGUGACACUAACUUUGAACGGCUCGAGGUAAUCUUCGAACCUGAUGACGGCAAGAGCUUGUUUCGUGCCAAUUUUAGUGAUUUGAGUGAUGCCUCUCUGGGUUUGGCCAGUGAUUUCUCCGCAUCAGGGCAGGCCGGAAUUCUCCAGAUAUACGGCGGUGUUUAUGAAAGUUUCUCAAUACAGUUGGACAGCGGGCUGGUCUUUCUGUACGAGGUGGACUUUCAGAAUGCUAAUUUCGUAUUUGGUGGAGAAGUUGACGUGUACCUGUGGCAAGACACGUAUCAUCGUGGCAUGCAUGUGAAUCUGCAAACUGGCGAUGGUCAAAACGCUAGCGCUGGGCUGUGCCUCUCGGACUGGACGGCACAGCCAGCAUUGCAGGCUGCCAACAUGGACGCCUAUGAUUACACCUUCACCUUGGGUCCAUCCACAGAUGCGCGCAUCGUAAACAUCACCCGCGGGAGUGCUUUGAGUCGCCUCUACCUUGCGCAUGGGGUGUGGCGAAGCCAGAGGCAUUGUGCCAACACAUUCGAUUCUGUUGUGAAGCUGAGGACCCAUCUGGAUAAAGGUUUCGAUCCAUGGGCGGACGUGGCAGAAGAGCGUGCAGAAAUGAUGCAUCUGUUCUUGAUGGGACCUUCUUUAGGGUCCGAGAUCCAGUCUAUGACCGCGGAAGGCUUUUGGAUCUUCUCCGUGUUCGGUGACGCUCUAAUGUGGUUUCCAGUUGGUCUCUGGAACAUCUUUACCAUGGGAAUAUUCUCCCCUCGCACGAAGCGUGGGGUCUUUCUGGUGAAAGAUUCGCUUUGUCUGAGCAAUCAUGAUAGGCUCACAGUUGGUGCACCAAAUUGCCGCCCGAAGAACUCCACGGAGGUGUUGUUGCACCAUCAAGUCCUAGAGCGAUGCACCCUGGCCUGGCGAAACAGCCUCCCUGACGGCUUAAAUUUGAGCAAUAGCCGAAAUGGCAGGAUCUACUACGUUGAGCACAAGUUCGACCGCGGCAAGAACCUCUUUCCGGCGAUAGCUGACCAAUCGGUGGACAUCAUGUCUCCAUCCACCAGCGCCUUUGUGAAGGAGGUCCAUGGACCCGAGGAGCUGCGCGGCCUCUGGGGGAUGCUCUUUGUCGUGGUGAUGAUCAUCCUGGCCCUGACUGGGGGUAUCUUGGCCUGCGUCCUGGUCAUCACCUUGUACAAGAUGCAGAAGCGGAGAUAUCUUAAAUGCAGAACUUCGCCGCAUGCUUCGCUCGGCAGCGAGCUGAAAUGCCUGUACCGUUUGGAGGACAAGUGCAACCUUCUGUUGACGCUGGCGCGGUGUCUGAUUCUUCGAUCGCCCUCAGGAAAAGCAAAGAUUACAGUGCAGAACGUAUUCAUGAUUUGUGUCGGGCACUUCAUUGUUAUGCAGUUGCUUGUUACGCCAACGUUGCUGAUCGCAAUCCUUAAUGGCAACAACAUGGCAGAGCUCCGCGCAAUUUGCAACUUCAAUGAAUGGCUGACAGGCGGUUGCCUGAAUAUUCGCCACCGUGCGCUGUCAACCACCAUGCUGAUGGCUUCCAUCAUCAUGAACGCCAUCUUCUUCCUCAAUACGCAGUUGGAGUAUUUGACACGUCAUGGACUCGACCUGGCUGAGGAGACUGGCGACUGUCCUCGCUUCUACAGGGUUGCCAUGAAGUUUCGUGCGUCCAAGGUCUACAGUGCAUUUUUGACCCUUUGCUUCAUGGUCUCACUCUUCUUCUUCUGCGCGUACUUCAUCUUGGUUAUCAUUUUUAUAUUGCUGGGAACGCUUCUGAAGCCUGAGCGCCUCGCUCCUGUGCUGCUUGCCGUUGUGGGAGCCGUGAUCGUGGCCCAGCAGGUCACGCAGAAGUUCGAAGAGUUUGUAGAACAGGCGAAGGUCAUGGCAGCUGAGUGGUUGGCGAAGAAUGUCAACACUGCCCUGGAUUCUGCAAAGGAUUUUCUCGGUGACGUGGGUAGUCAAGUGGGAAACAAAAUGGAAGGUCUGGCGGGCUCUGCCCUGGAUUCCCUAGAGUCGGUGCCCUUUGCGAAGGAAGCAUUGACCCGAGUGGGCGUGAAUGCAGAUUCCUUCAAUGCAGAUUUGAUCAUGAAUAAGGUGCAACAGGCCACUGAGAUGGCUAUUGACUCAACGGCUGAUCAGAUCGGCAAAAUAGCCGCCGAUCCAGGUGCUGCAGGAACGUUGAUGAACAUACGCAGUACACAAGAUGCCAUGAACUCUGCUCAAAAGCUGCUGGACCAAGUGGCAGACAAUCUGCCGGGCAGAGUUUCUGAUGAGGCUGAGACCAUGCUACAUUCUGGCACAGCAGCAGGCGCAUUAGGCACCCUGGGUGGAUCUGCUAUUUCUGCAGCAGUGGCUGCAGCCUCCACUUCAGCAGUUGCAAAAGAUGCACUAGGCAAGCUUGACGAAACAAGGUUACGCUCCUUGAUGGAGCAAACAUCGAGUCAGGCAGGUGUGGAUCCGUCUGCGAUAAUGCAGAUGCUGCAAGCAUCGGGCCAGGCAGGCAUCGACCCUUCCUCCAUAAUGCAGGUGGUCAGUGGCUCUGCAGAUCAGGGUGGUAGCUUAGCGGCAGCACGUUCCUUGAUGGAGCAGGCUUCAGGCCAGACAGGUGUGGAUCCGUCUGCAAUAAUGAAGAUGCUGCAAGCAUCGGGCCAAGCAGGCAUCGACCCUUCCUCCAUAAUGCAGGCGUUCAGUGGCUCUGCAGAUCAGGGUGGCAGCUUGGCGGCGGCACGUUCCUUGAUGGAGCAAGCUUCAGGCCAGACAGGUGUGGAUCCGUCUGCAAUAAUGAAGAUGCUGCAAGCAUCGGGCCAAGCAGGCAUCGACCCUUCCUCCAUAAUGCAGGCGGUCAGUGGCUCUGCAGUUCAGGGUGGCAGCUUGGCGGCGGCACGUUCCUUGAUGGAGCAAGCUUCAGGCCAGGCAGGUGUGGAUCCGUCUGCCAUGAUGAAGAUGCUGCAAGCAUCGGGCCAAGCAGGCAUCGACCCUUCCUCCGUAAUGCAGGCGGUCAGUGGCUCUGCAGAUCAGGGUGGCAGCUUGGCGGCGGCACGUUCCUUGAUGGAGCAAGCUUCAGGCCAGGCAGGUGUGGAUCCGUCUGCCAUGAUGCAGAUGCUGCAAGCAUCGGGCCAAGCAGGCAUCGACCCUUCCUCAAUACUGCAGGCGGUCAGUGGCUCUGCAGAUCAGGGUGGCAGCUUGGCGGCGGCACGUUCCUUGAUGGAGCAAGCUUCAGGCCAGGCAGGUGUGGAUCCGUCUGCCCUAAUGAAGAUGCUGCAAGCAUCGGGCCAAGCAGGCAUCGACCCUUCCUCCAUAAUGCAGGCGGUCAGUGGCUCUGCAGAUCAGGGUGGCAGCUUGGCGGCGGCACGUUCCUUGAUGGAGCAAGCUUCAGGCCAGGCAGGUGUGGAUCCGUCUGCCCUAAUGAAGAUGCUGCAAGCAUCAGGCCAGGCAGGCAUCGACCCUUCCUCCAUAAUGCAGGCGGUCAGUGGCUCUGCAGAUCAGGGUGGCAGCUUGGCGGCGGCACGUUCCUUGAUGGAGCAAGCUUCAGGCCAGGCAGGUGUGGAUCCGUCGGCCAUGAUGCAGAUGCUGCAAGCAUCGGGCCAAGCAGGCAUCGACCCUUCCUCCAUAAUGCAGGCGGUCAGUGGCUCUGCAGAUCAGGGUGGCAGCUUGGCGGCGGCACGUUCCUUGAUGGAGCAAGCUUCAGGCCAGGCAGGUGUGGAUCCGUCUGCCCUAAUGAAGAUGCUGCAAGCAUCAGGCCAGGCAGGCAUCGACCCUUCCUCCAUAAUGCAGGCGUUCAGUGGCUCUGCAGAUCAGGGUGGCAGCUUGGCGGCGGCACGUUCCUUGAUGGAGCAAGCUUCAGGCCAGGCAGGUGUGGAUCCGUCUGCCAUAAUGAAGAUGCUGCAAGCAUCGGGCCAAGCAGGCAUCGACCCUUCCUCCAUAAUGCAGGCGUUCAGUGGCUCUGCAGAUCAGGGUGGCAGCUUGGCGGCGGCACGUUCCUUGAUGGAGCAAGCUUCAGGCCAGGCAGGUGUGGAUCCGUCUGCCAUAAUGAAGAUGCUGCAAGCAUCGGGCCAGGCAGGCAUCGACCCUUCCUCCAUAAUGCAGGCGUUCAGUGGCUCUGCAGAUCAGGGUGGCAGCUUGGCGGCGGCACGUUCCUUGAUGGAGCAAGCUUCAGGCCAGGCAGGUGUGGAUCCGUCUGCCAUGAUGCAGAUGCUGCAAGCAUCGGGCCAAGCAGGCAUCGACCCUUCCUCCAUAAUGCAGGCGGUCAGUGGCGCUGCCGAUCAGGGUGGCAGCUUGGUCGUGGGGGUACGUUCCUUGAUGGAGCAAGCUUCAAACCAGGCAGAUGGAGAACCUAGUGGAAGGUCCGCUUUUGCUGUUGCAAAUUCAGUUUUGAAAAGAGCCGUUACGGGGGUGGUUGAAACAUUGGAUUUGGAGGCACCCGAUUUGGACGAGAUUGGUCAGGAUGAAUCACUUGAUCUGGAGAACGUCCUUGUGAUGUUGGGCCUCAGCAAAGGGCAACUGCUGCUCAUUAACAUCAAUGCGAUUCUUGUAUUCCUGUCCGUUGUGGGCUUCACUCUCAUCGGCUCCUCGAUUUUUUUAGGCGGCGGCAUAGAUGCUUUGAUUCCCCAGCUCACCUCAACUGCAGGGACGCUGGCAUCGACGGUUGCUGUGAUCCGCUCCAAGAAGCAGGAGCUAAAGAACGCGGAUCUCUCUGCAAUGUCUGGCGCUCUCAAGGACGCCGCAGGUGUGGUCGACCAGACCGAGUGUGACUUGCGUGCCGCUGAUGAGCAAGCCCAGUCUUUCGUUCGUUCUCUUCAGGGCUCUUUCCAAGGGGGUGAGUCGGGAGCCCUUGAAGAUACUGCCGAGAUUUUCAUGGGAAACAUCUUCGUCUUUGCGUUUUUCCUGGGAGAGAGGUGUGUGCCACCCACGACGGUUAAGUUCCUGAAACGCAUCACAGUGGAGCGGUCGGAGGAAGACAUCCGAACGGCUGCUCUUAAGAAGAUGAGGCUGGUCAUCUUGUGGGAUCCAGAGGUGAGUAGCUUGGGAAGGUCUUUGCUGUCGUUGCUCGGGGCAGAUGUAAACGAGGAGGCCAUCAAGAAGUCUUUUUCGGAUGCCUUCAGAACUAAAGCUUCCAGGACAAUCUCAAAGCGAGGUGGGUCCCUCCUGAGGUAUUUUUCCUGGUGCACAACAGAGAGCAUAGACAGCCCUCUUGCAGUCGAUGAGCCGACCAUAUACAUGUAUGCAAACUUCUUGCGUGACUCAGGAGCCAGGCCGACCAGCAUGACGCAUUUUGUGGAAGGCCUUCGCUUUGUGCACGGGGUCGCCAAGUUGCUGCACAUGGAGCCUGAAACAGUCCUCUCCAGCCGGGUGCUUGGCAUAAGCCGGGACCUAUAUUUGAUGAAGCGUCCUCUGCAACAGAAACCUGAACUGACGGUUCCCAUGUUGAUGGCAUUGGAAGCAUUCUGUGUGGAAACUGGACCAGUACUUGCGUGCAUUUGUGGACAGCUGCUGUUUUGUGCGCAUUCGGCUGACAGAUGGAGCGAUUCUCAGAGCCUCAAGGAGAUUUCAAUUCAGGAGUCCGACGGCGUGAUCUUAGUUGUUGCAUCAGGCUUGACAUCCAAGACGACUGUCUCUAAGGAGGCAAAAACCCGGCUGCUUCCCUACGCAGCCCUCGGCUGUGGGUUGUCUGGCAACAAUUGGGCGAAAGCUUGGCUGAAGGCUCGUGAACAUGAAGGCCUCUCCCUUGAGAACUUUGCGCUGCCGUCACGCCUCGAGAGCCAAAACCGCUGGAGCUCUGUUCAGAUGGGGAGCGUCGAGGCGACCAGCUACCUGCAGGACUUUCUGAUUUUGAAGGGAAUCGAUCAAGACCAAGCCAUGCAGAGGGCGACGCAUUCGUUGAAGGCCACUUUGACAUCUUGGGCGGGCCGCUGCCCUCGCCCAAAAUUCAGUGGAGCGGAAAAGCGCCUUCUUGGACACCACAUUGCUCCAAAGGAGAAAUCACCGGCGACCUACGCCCGGCAGCAGUACACCCUUUUGUACGGGCGAGUCAUGGCGAUGUUCGAAGCCAUCCGCGCGGGAGACUAUGACCCUGACUUGUCUGACGUUGAUCGGGUGGUGCAAGUGGCUGCAGCGGAGCGACCAGGUGCCGCCCAGGACGUCAUUGCUCCGGAACCCGAGGCGCCUGUGCCACGACACGAUUUUGACGAGUUCGAGGCGUCGCACCGAAGUCUGACAAUCGGUGAUGUUGCUCCCACUCGAACGCAAGUCGAGAUCUUUGGGGAGAGCAAGUUGAGCCUACUCCAGCUGACUCGAAGCCUUUAUCGAGAAUCACCCAGCUGUGAGUGUCGAGCCAUGGCGGGGAUUGCAGUGGAUAGCGAGGCCUGGUUUUUGGAGCGUUGCCAGAAGGUCAAACUCAGCGAGUCCACCAUUCGCACUCUUGUCGAUGCGGGAUUCAAGAGCUUCGGAACCUUGGCUUUUGCUGUGUCUACCACGCCGACACAAUUGGAUGAAGCCGAUGUGAAGCGAUGGAUGGGAAACAUUUUUCCACAUGACUUCCCGCCUGAUCAGUCCUCUAAGGUGAGACGUUUGAUGUUUGAAGCCCAGAACCUAAGCGUGGCUGACAUGAAGGCACGCGUGGAACCUGCCGCUGACACAGCUGCGGUUCGUGCUAUGCCCAAUGCGGAGCGCUUGGCCCGCCAGGAGGCCUUGAAGAAGCGUGUCACGGGCCUCAUUCUUUCGCCUGAAACCUUGCCAGCUCAUUCCGUUGUGGACACUCUUGUCAAACAACUCGAGGAUGGAGUCCUCCAGUACUUGCCAGCCUAUCGCAUCAUCAGCCGUGCCCAGGAAGCUCAGAUGUUGAAGAAAGACCAGCAAGUGGUGGUUGAUGGCGAGGGGAACUUGAAGAUGGCGAGCAAAGCCGAAUCUGCCACUUGUGACACGCACACUGACUUAGCUCUGCGCAAUGCUUGGACUCGUCGCUCGCUGGCAUAUGAUCUCGCCGGCUUGUGCAGCUUUCAGGUGCUUGAGGAGUGGUGUCACAAAUGCUUCCUUGCCUUGAUGAGGCCCGUGCCCAAUGGUUACUCCAAAGUAACCACUCAUCAACUUAUUGCUGCCGACAGGCACCUGUUCACGCUGGCUUCGCAUGCGCUCCUUGGAAAACUUGCCGGCGAGCCCGGCCGUGAGAAGCCUUUGGAAACCCAGAUCAAGCUGUUGUCCGAGUCGCAAGAGGUUUUGCAGUACCUUAACGCUCUCCCUACUCCUCCUCCUUCUGCCCCCUGGCCAGGCAAGCGCAAAUGGGAUGACCCCAAAGGCGGUGAGAAGGGCGAUAAAGGGAAAGGUAAGGGGAAGGGCAAGUCGUCUAAAGGUGAGGUUCGCAAGGAGUUCACAGUGCCCGACGGCUGUGUCAGCCGCGUGAACGACAAGCCUGUCUGCUUUGCCUUCAACCAAGGUCCCGAAGCCCUUGCCGAGCAACUUCUUCGAAAGCCAACCUUGGAAGCCUUUGAUGUUUUGCGAGUUUUCGACCUCUUGCCCAGAAAUCCAUCUAAACGAGAUGCCUUCCAUCACCGAAGCUUUGGUUGCGGUGCCUGGGUGUUCGGGUCCCAGAUCGGAAUUCGUACAGAUACUAAGUCUUUUCCAAAGAGCUCCGCUCUCUUUUGCCGUUAUGUUCACCAAGUGAAUCCUCACCACACCUUUUCCAGCCUGGUCUUGCUCGAUGAUGUUCAAAGCCCACUCCAUGUGGACUGCAACAAUGACCGCUCCUCCUGGAACCUCGUCAUCCCCUUGACCCGAUUUCGCAAAGGCCAAAUCUGGGAAGAAUGCGAAGGAGGGGCUGACCGCUUUGAAGACGCUUCUGGCACUUUUUGGGGGCGUCUGCAUGAUGUAUCCGCCGGACCAGUCUUGCUUCAUGCCGCCGUGAACCGCCAUGCUGUUUUGCCUUGGGAAGGCCGCAGGGUUGUGCUGAUUGCCUUCACCCCCCGGGAUAGUCCCAAGCUUCCCCUUGCCGACCGUGACUGGCUGGGUGACAUUGGCUUCCGCCUACCCUCCUCAUCCGCCUUGCCCACCCUUGGCCCGCCCAAACUCUUUCUCGAGGUCUUCUCCGGGUCCGCGACCCUGGCUCGAGCCGCCCAGAGGCUCGGGUUCACGGCCGUUGCUGUUGAUAACUGUCCCCGGCGUCCUCAAGUUCCCACGGUUCGCCUUGACCUUGCUUCCGAUAUGGGCCGCGAUGCCUUGUUUCGUUUGCUGCAUGACAAAAAGCCUGCCGCGGUGCAUCUAGGCCCCCCUUGUGGCACAUCGUCUCGGGCCCGUGAGCGGCCCUUGCCGGCCAAGUUACGCGCCCUCGGCCUCCGUGACCCUCGGCCGCUUCGGAGCGCCGACUUUCCCCUCGGCUUGCCUCACAUUGACCCCGCCAGCCCUGAUGGUUUGCGCCUCGCCGCUGCCAAUCGUCUUUAUGACUUGGUCUUUCAUGUCCUGCUUUGGUGCGCUGAGCACGACUGUGUCUUCACUCUUGAAAACCCCUCGAACUCGUGGUUCUGGAGUGUGCUGGCCUUGAAGGUCCGAAUGCACGCUUCGCCCAAGGUCCGCCGCUGGUUCAGUGACUUGCAUGAGAUCAUCUUCGACGCUUGUGAGCACGGUGGCGCUCGUCCCAAGUCCACCAAGCUCCUCAGCAACCGGGCUGCCUUUGGCAGCCUUCGUGCCCGCUGCAGCGGCCGUCAUGUGCACGAACCUUGGGGCGUCAGCUGGCGUGCUGGCGGUUGGGUGUGGUCCACUCAACUCGAGGCCCAGUAUCCUGUUGUGUUGGCUGCUCGCUGGGCCGCAUGCUUUGCUUCUGCUUGCCAUGUCUCCCCUGGCCAGACCGAGGCCCCCGACCCGCGCUUGCAGUCUCUUUCCGCGGUGGGACGCCAAACCCGUAAGCAUAAGCCCUUGGUUUCCGAAUAUAAAUUCGUGCGCAUCAUGCCCCGCGGCCAAAUUCCCUCAUCCGGUUGCAAGGUCCUCGGCGCGCCUCCCGUGCAAGGGGGUGAUUCGGGGGAGGUCGCCGAGGCUCUUCCUGAGACUUCCCCAGACAGCGAGGGGCUUGGUUUGGAUAGGGGUGAGGAUUGCCAGGUUGGUUUCUACAGGGAUCCUUGUGAAUGGUUCCAGGCUGCUAAGAAAGUGUGCCACCCUCUUGACUCCGAAAACAAACUCCCAAAGGAGCUGAAAGCUUCUCUUGAGGCCAACAUGGUAGCUGAUCGCCGAGCCCUCUUUCUUCGUCGAAAACUUGCACUGAUGAAAGCAGAGAUCCUUUCCAAAAAGUUGGAACAAGACGAAAGCAAACUUCACUCAGCGAUGCCAUCGUGGAUGCAGACCGUGAUGCAAGGCAAGAGGAUCCUACUUCUGGAGUCUUUGCUGCGACAGCACAAUUUCGAUGACAUGGAGGCAAUCGAGCUUUUGAAGUCGGGGGUGAAGUUGUCGGGUGUGUCCGAAUGCCCUGCUGCCUUUGAUGUCAAAGUGAAACCUGCCACGUCUACCGAAGCGGAGCUCCGUCAAGUCGCUCCCUUGAAACGGGCAGCGCUACUUUUGGAAAAUCGGGCUUCCGAUCCCGAGCUAGAACGCGAUCUGCUGAAGGUGACCAUGGACGAAGCGAAGGCUGGAUGGCUUCAGGGGCCUUUCAGCAGUGAAACGGAAGUUUCUGAGCAUCUGGGGAGAACAGAUUGGAGUUUGAUGCGAAGGUUUGGCGUUCGACAAGGAGGCAAACUGAGACCGAUUGACGAUGCCUGCGAUUCCGACUUGAACUGCACUUUCACCAGCACCAUGAAGCUACAGUUGCAGGACGGCGACUUCUGCAUCUCUUUGGCCAUGGAAAUCGCAAAGCGCGUGAUGGGAAAGCCGGGAGUCGUUCCCAGAGAGUGGAGUGGCCGAUGCCUUGAUCUAAGUGGUGCUUACAAACAGAUGGCAGUCUGUGAGCAACAUCGGAGCUUGUGCGUUCUGCUUCUGCGUGAUGCCGAUGGCCGCCCAAUCUUUUUCAUUUCUUCAGCAUUGGUUUUUGGGGCCUCUGCUUCAGUCUAUGCCUUCUUAAGAAUAGCUCGGGCCUUGAGCUUCUUACUGAACGUCGUGCUGGAGAUCCCUCAUGCAAACUUCUUCGACGACUAUCCAAUCCUUGUGCCUUCGGAAGAUGCUGAACAGGUGGGCCUCCUAUGCACGAAGUUUUUGCACUUGCUUGGUUGGAAACAUGCCGAAAUUGGAGAGGGUCACAAAGGCCUCCCCUUUGCGAAGUCCUUUGACGUGCUGGGCUUGCAUCUCGACAUCUCUUGCAUAUCUUCGGGAACCUUGACAGUGGCUAACAAGCUUGGCCGGGUUGACCGACUCCUUGAGCGCCUUCGUGAGAUCAAGCAGUCAGCAGUCCUUAGCCGCCACGAGGGCCAAGUCCUGCUGGGCCUCCUGCGGUACGCAGCUGGGUUCUUCGGGGGCCGGACUUUGCGUUAUGUUUGUGAAGAUUUGAACGCCAUAGUGCAUCAUGGACAUCACCCUUCUCCUGUUGCGGUUAGACUGCUAUGUCAACGCGCUAUAACUGCACUGGAGUCGUCGAGGCCCCUACAGCUCAAAGCAGAUAUGCCGAGUUCUCCGGUGCAUCUCUUUACAGAUGGCAGCUGGGAAAAAGGUGUAGCCGGAGUUGGGGCUGUGCUUUUCGACGCGCACGAUGGUUCGGCAGAGGUCUUUGGAGGCGAGAUGCCAAAGGACAUGGUAGAAUCGCUCCUACAGACCGACGGUGACCACUUGAUUGGACAAAUCGAAACCUACGCUGUCGUGGCCAUGCGGAUACACUUGGCCCAUCGCCUUUCAGGACGUCGAGUGAUCAUUUGGACAGACAAUGAAGGUUGUCGAUUCGGGCUCAUUAAAGGCCGUUCGAAGUCCCACACGAUGGACACCUUGAUCAGAAGCUUCGCCGCUGCUGAGGAUGCCGAUCCAAGUCAUACCUGGAUAUGUCGUGUGCCGAGUUACUCGAACAUCGCUGAUGGGCCUUCUCGGGGAAAGCCUGAGGAGGCUCUGAAGAUUUCAGGAGCUGUCGCAUGUCAGUCUUUUCCAUGGAUUCGGCAAGCAUUCGAAACUACCUGA